AUGGCAACCGACCCAAACAAGCUCUCCACAGCUUUCGCAAACACACCCCUCGCAAAUCACGGCGAGAAAUGGUCCGCCUUCUGGGAAGAGAAAUUCACCCCCUGGGAUCGCGGCGGACCCUCCCUAGCCCUCCUCGAUAUCAUCACCACCCGUCCGGAUCUCAUCCCGCCUCCCCCAGCCCCAUCACCUGCGGGGCAACAGCAGAAGAAGCCCACGGCUCUUGUUCCGGGCUGUGGUAAAGGGCAUGACGCCCUCCUUCUAGCAAACCUAGGCUACGACGUCCUCGGUCUCGAUUUUUCGCCCACCGCCAUCGCUGAGGCGAAGGAGAAUCAAAAGGCUAUAGUUGCUGCGGCGGCCACCGGGGAUGGAAACGGAGACGACAACGGAGACGGGGCAGAGCCGGACGUGAACGUUAUCCGCCAACCAAACGGCGCCGAGCCGGGUUCCGUGACGUGGCUCUCGGGCGACUUCUUCUCCGAUUCGUGGCUCGAGGCCUGGCCUCGCGCGGACAAGACCUUUAACCUCAUCUUUGAUUACACUCCGGGCCCUCCGUGGGGCUUGAACCCGGACAUCUACCUCGCUCUGCUCACACGCCCCGGCCAACCGCUCGAGUUCUCGUCUUCGACACUGGCGGGCGACGAGGCCGACGUCGUCGUCGUCCCCACGGCCCCGAGCGAGAAAGACACCACCGGUCUGAAGCGGCUGGCGCUCGUUAAGCCUGCUAGGACGCAUCGCGCUGGUAUGAAUGAGGACGGGUCGGUUCGCGAUUGGGUUCAUGUCUUUAGUCCUUGA